GUCCUUGUGUGUAUAUACAUAAAUUAAUUAGAGUUUGGUCGAAGUCGCCCACAUAUACGCGCGAGGAUGAUCGGCAAAAUGGCGGAUCCUUUGGAAAAAUUGGUCGACACACGGGAAAUAAAUUUCGUUAAACAGAAUAUCCUUUGUGUGAAACGUUCUUAUCCGAUAGAGCCCAAACAGCGGUCCGUCGACACUCGGCAUGGCGAUACGUAUGAUUUAAAGAAGAGCGGAUUACUUCCGGUUUAUGUUCAUAAGAAAAAUUAUGGAAAAAUACCGAGAUUCAUCGCGGUUAGCGCAACAGCCGAUGUGAGGGUAGAAACAAAUAUAGCUGAACAACUUAAUGGAGAUAAAAUACCAAAAGUGUCGACGUGUCGAUACAUUGACAAGGAGGAGCGUAAGAUACUAUUAGAUGGUAUGAAGCAAAAGUGGAAGGAAGCGAUGAAACAAUUCCAGGGGUUACCGUUUCUCGCGGACACGUUACCGAAGGCGCAAAAGAAGGCGAGAAUGGAACGCGAGUUGCAACAGCUCGAGAAAGACAUAGCGAUUAUCGAGCAGCAUCCGCACAUAUACGUUUAUAAUGACACAACGCACAAUGUUGACGCGUUGUAACGCACGACGUAUUAAAAUCUAAUAAUGAUAGUAACCUUGAUGAAAAAUUUUCUCAAAAUUUGUUAUACAAUUUUUCAGAAUUUUUAUAUAAUUUUUAUGUAAAUAUCAGAAUUUUUGCAUAAUUUUACAACUUUAAAUUAAAUUCUUUCAUUGGAACACUUUAACUGAGAAAAUCUACUUUAUAUAUGAAGAAUUCUUCAUAUACGUAUAUAAAUUUUGAAAUAUUUAAAAUUUCUUUUAUUAUAAUUUUUAACUAAAUCUUAUAAAAUUUAGAAAAGUUUAAAGCAAUUUAGGAAUUAUAGAAUAAGAAAUUUUAAAAAUCUUAGAUUUCAGAAUUUACAUAUUUAUGAAAAAUUCUAAAAAAGAAGAUGUAGACUCUUUUAUUAAUAUUUUGAAAAGUGUUUCAAUUCAUUGAAAAAUUCUGAAAAAAAAUUUUACUAAAAUAUUUAAACUCUUGAAAUGCUUAUGAAUUGUAUGUGAUAUAUAAAAAUACGUAAAAAGUUAAUGUAGUGCAAUAAAAGAACCGUUUUUUAUGCGUGAACAAAAAAAUAACCCUCAGAUUUUUAUUGUAUCUUUUUUUAUCUUUAUUGGCAAUGUUUUCGAAUUAAUCAGAUUUUUUUUGAGAAUUUUGCGAUAUAUUGUAAAAAGAUAAAAUGCAUAUCUUUAUUUCAUACAGUAUAAUAAGCAAUGAGCACAAAGUUCAGUCUUGAAGACUCAAUGAAAUUUUAAUAUAAUAAUAUAAGGCAAGAAAAUAUUGAAAUUUAAAAAUUAAUAAAUCGAGUAAAUUUAAAGGCAUCGAAUUAAUUUAUACUGUUGUAAAAUGUAUCUUUAUAUAAUACUUAUAAAUAAUAUUACUAAAUAAA